AUGCCUCUUGAUUUGGUAUCUCCGUUGGAGGCCACGGAUGCCGAGUCCGUUGUUGCUACGCCUCAAUUCCCUAUCAACAUCUACCUGACGCCUCUCCAUCUGGCAUCGGCCAGCGAGCCCGGACUCAGGAUGCUUUCAUCCGCAAUUGAAUCCUCGCCGCUGAUGUCGGACAUAUCAUCUUGUGACCUAUUCAAAAUCUCGCUUUCGCUUUUAUGUCUCUCGAAUAAAGAAAGCAUUGACUCUGCUCUCCCGUUAUCUUCGUUGAUUCUAGCUGAAUACAUGGAUUUAGACAGCGACACAGAGACAGAGGGUUCCAAAGACGAAAAUCACGAGGUACACCAAUACCCACGAGUGACAAACGCCGUCACUGGUGGCCCCGUACAAAAGAUUCUCCAAUUCAGUGGAGAAGAGUUCAACAAAUGCUUCGUCGAUGACAUGCAUAUGACUCAAGUACUCAAUCUCGAGAGCUUUGGCAUUACACACUCCAGCCGUGUCAAUCCCGAUAUCCAAUGUCCAGUAGACACGUGCGACAAAUGGUUCACCACGCCAACUUCAGUGCGUAUACAUCUACGGAAUGUACAUUCUUUGAGCCAAAAAGAGGCCAACACACUUCUACCUCCGAAGUCUGGGGGUUCAGCGGAUCCUCAGACUCAGACUAUGUACACAUUUUACACUAAACCACGAUGUCGGAUCUAA